AUGUGGUUGUGCUUCAAUCAGUCUCCCGCCGGUCGUGGAUUGGCUCUGGACUGUCACAAUCAAUGUGCACUGCAGAAAGAUGAGGAUGGGGUGCAGGACCCCGUCGAUGCGCUCGACACGGAGGUUCAGCUGCGCCCUUGCCUUGACGACUGUGCAAUUUGUGGGGAGGUGACAAGCCUGCCAUCUGCAUCGUGUUCACAGCCUUCCGAGAGAUUUUGGGAGCAGUUCCAAGGUGCUUGGUACCGUAUGGAUGACAACCGCUGCGUCGGUGAGGUCAUCAGGAACAGCAUGGUUUGGCACCUCCAGUGGAACAUGCCCGAAGCAGAAACUCCUCUGGAGCGUGUGAACGACGAAGCAGUCAUGCACGAAGUCGAGGGCCACAUUCUCCUCGGCAGGGUCCGUCGCGAUGCGCAGAUGACAAUACACUGGAGCGAUGGUGACAUUUGGCUGCUGAAGUGA